UCUACCACCUUGCCGCGAUGAUGUCUCAAUCUCUCAGAGCGUCGCGCUCUCUCUUCGCCCGCGUCUCUCGCCAACAGGUUUCUGUCGCUCGCCGCACUUUCCUGACCUCCGCUGUUCGUCGGGCCGACCCUGUCCAGGACCUUUACCUCCGUGAACUCCGUGCCUACAAGCCUACCCCCAUCAAGGCCGGCGAUGCUGAGGCCCAUGUCCAGAAGUUCAGCGCUCCUGCUGCUCCUCAGUCCCCCGAAGAGGCCAACCUUGCCAGUGAUCUAGGUGCCUACGAGAGCCAGGUUGUUGAGGUUGAGGGCCAGGCCGCUACCGGCGAGCCCGCCCCUGUUGAGGAGAGCUGGUUCGAGGAAGAGGAGGAGGAGGCUCACCCUGCCCACUAGGUUUAAUAUUCCUGAGAGAAACCAAGAUCUGGGAAAGCCGGGGCUGAUAGACAAUGGGCUGGGACUCUGAGACGGAUGUCUCCUCUUGUUGAUCCCUGAAGACGCUUUGUAAAUUAAACCUCCUUGGAGCAUAUGAAGUUUCCUUUUUUUUUUUUU